UACACAGAUAAUAAUUUAUUAAUUUAUAUUUUAUAUAGGUUUUUGAGAAAUGAAAAGAAGUAUUACUUAAUAUUUUAAUUUUUAAAAAGUUACAAAAACUAUAAGGAGCUUUUGAACAUUCAACCACAGAAACAAAUUUAAUCUAUUCUGUGAUUCAACCAUCAAAAUACGUAAAAAUCUUGUUUGUUGUUUCUAUUAAUAAUUAAACAUUUUUAAUUAGGUAUAUUAUAAGAAUUUAAAAAUUUGAUACAACUUAAAAGUAAGACCAUGUCCAAAGUUGUAAGAAAAGCUGCUGGAUUUGUAGUUUAUAGAAAAAACUGUGAUGAAAGAAUUGAGUACUUACUUAUGCAAGCUUCUUAUGCAAAUCAUCAUUGGACACCACCAAAAGGUCACUUAGAGGAAAAUGAAUCCAACAUGGAUGCAGCUAUUCGAGAAACUGAUGAAGAAGCCGGUAUUAAACUGAAAGACCUUAGUGUUGAUCAUAAUUUUGAAAAAGUAUUGAAGUAUGAUCCAAAAGAUAAACCAUUUUCCAAACAAGUCACUUAUUGGUUAGCUCGUUUAAUUAAUCCCGAUACACCAGUAGUGUUGUCUAAUGAACAUCAGGAUUUCAAAUGGUUGCCUCUUAUAGAAGCUAAACAAGUGGCUGCAUAUCCUGAAAUGCAAGAAUUAUUUGAUGACUGUGAAAACUAUUUAAUUAAAACUAAUGUCAAGUAGAGUUUAAUAACUAUUUUUUGUUAUUAAUAAAUUGUAUUGCUUCAAAAUUAAUUAUCAAAUAACAUUUACAUGUUACUAAAUAAAUCUUAUAUAUUAUACAUGAAUA